UGCUCUCUUUAUCCAAAACCCUCUCUCCUUCUCCCCUUCUCUUCUCCGCCUACUUUUCUCCCACCCCCACCAACCAAUAAAAAUCACCCCAACUCCUUCUUCCUCUUUCCUUCCACUGAUCCAAUCUCUCUCAUUCUCUCCCUCCUCGUUCCCCCACCCAUCUCUUUCUCUAAAAACCACCGGUGAUCGGAGAAAGAAGAGCCAGAUCCACCGGGAAUCCCACCCCAGCGGACAAAGAAGCGGUUUUCUGAGCCCCGUAUCAACUCUUCUCGCUUCUCCCCCAAAACCCUAAACCCCACGCCAAUCCAUCGGCGAGAAAAAGUCGCCCGAGAAACGGCGAAUCCGAAUUCGACUCUCGAGGGUGACCAGAACCCGAAGAACCUGUCGUCGUGGGAGGUCGGGUCACCGGGACGGUGAGGGGUAGAGCGGGGAGAUGAAGAUACGGUGCGACGUGUGCGAGAGGGCGGAGGCGGCGGUGCUGUGCUGCGCCGACGAGGCGGCGCUCUGCUGGGGCUGCGACGAGACGGUCCACGCCGCCAACAAGCUCGCCGGAAAACACCAGCGGGUCCCACUCCUCCCCCGGGCCGACUCCACUUCCUCCUCUCCCCUCCCCACCUGUGAUAUUUGCCAGGAGAAAGCUGGUUAUUUCUUCUGCUUGGAGGACCGUGCUCUACUCUGUAGGCAGUGUGAUGUGGCCAUCCACACAGCAAGCCCUUAUGUAUCAUCCCAUCAGCGCUUCCUCAUCACUGGUGUGAGAGUUGCCCUUCAACACUAUCUCACCAAUAGCAGCGCUAACAACACUAGUAGUAGCAAUGGCAACAGCACUAGCAGCAAUACCAACAGCAGCAACCCCACUUUAAGCUCUCUGGCAUCAAAUACUUCACUUUCAAGUAAGAAGCUGCAGAUGGCACCGGCAGGACUUGCUAUGGAGGAGGUGGAGGGCUUAAGGCCACCAUGGUCAUGGAAUGAAAUCCUGGAUGGUAUUGACUUGGAUCAGUAAUAUGGACUCUCAGAGCCAAGGUUUCUAGUUGACUGGUAGAGAGUCUGCAUCCUUGUUUUUUUCACAUAGACACAAAGAAAUAAGAGGGAAGAGAGAGAGAUUGAUAUAUUAUGACAUGAGAUUACUUGAUAGUUUCUUCCUUCUGUUUUUACUGUUUUAGUGAAUUUUUUUAGAGGGCUGAGCAGUGGUAGUGCCUUUGUUACAGUUAUUUAUGGCUUGCUGUUGUCAUCUGGUGUCAGGAUAUGGCAGCACCUUUUCUAGGACGGAAAAAAGAGUGAUUACAGUGGCAACAUCACAGGCUGACGCGCUUAAAAUGUUCUAAGCCACAGAAGGUUUAAAUGUAAAAUAGGACAGCUCUGUUCAUGUUACCAUCUGUAUAUUUGCUGACAAAAUCAUGUUGAGAAGAUAUGCGUGAUUUGUAUUUGGAAUAAUUACAUCCUUAAUGCGAGUUUUUGUCACUUGCUAAUGACA